AUGAAAGUAUUCACAGGACUUCUCGUCGUAGCCCUCGCAGUUACAUCCUCAUACGCGGAGAAAUCAAAGAACCUUCGUGCCUCAGCAAUUGAGGAAGAUGAUACCGCAAUUGAGGAUUCGCAAGACUCCGAAAUAAGUGAAGAAGAAUUGAUUGUCAACGCGGCCGACUUUACUGGGUCCGGGGGAAAACUCAAUAUUAUGGAUGUGAUCGGCGAGGAAAAAGGGAAAGUCCCGAUGAUGUCGAUCUUUAAGGCCUAUUUUAGUUCAUCUAUUAAAGACGUUGAAGAUGAUGACUCGGCAGAGAACCAUAAGAAACAUCCCAAGCAAAACGCGAAACUUGAUGACGAUGAAGAUGAUGACGAUGACAAUAAAACGAAAAGCAAAAUCGACGACGUGAAUCUAACGGACGACAAUCCUACUAAAGACAAUAAGGCGGCCGACUCUGGUAACAAUGAAUUUUCGUGGAAGUCUAGCAAAUCAUCGAAAAAUAAGGGAGAUUUAGAUGACAAUGAUCUGGAAGACUCUAACGAACUGGAUGAUACAAAUGGCCAGGUCAAUACUAAAGUUGGAGGCAUUGGUGAGACUUCGCUAGGGGGUGGAAAAGACGUGAACGUCAAGGGAUCCUCCCCUAUCGACGACUCGAACGACCUUUUUAACGGCACGAACGUUAAAAAAGGUAAGAGUGACCUUCUAGGUGAAGGUACUGGCGGGGGCUUGCAAGGUUCUGAUUUAUUCAAAAGCGACAAGAAAGUCAAGGAUCCCCUAAGUGACGAAAAUCAGAAAGAAGCUAUCGGAACGAACUUCAAGGGUGGCCAGGUCGAUACUAAAGUUGGAGGCACUGGUGAGACUUCGCUAGGGGGUGGAAAAGACGUGAACGUCAAGGAAUCUUUCCUUGAAGACGAUCCGGACGACUCGAAUGUUAAGGAAGGCAAGUCCGACUCGAAUGAGUCAAAUGGCCUGAACAGUAAGGGCAAGAAAUUCAUGAGUGAUGAAGAGAAUGUGAACCAGGACAUGCUGCAGGUGGAAAAUGAGGACGAUGACGACGAUGACGACACCAAACCUCUCAAGAAGACGGCCCCCUAA